AAAGCCGCUGCGCGGUCGUUGAAACCGAUUAUAGAAUUAUCAGUAUCGAAUUAUUGAAUGACUAGGAUAAAUGUGAAAGUGCAUAAGCUAUCCUGUGUCUGCGGGGAGAAAUCCCAGAGCGCGUGCAUGUGCCCGAGUAGCCCCCCUCGUCAGGGUCUGGCUGGGCGGGGGUGGGGCGCUGAGGUUCUGUGUUGAUGGCCGCCACUCCCUUUAGCCUUUAACCGCCUAAUGACCGUCAGCGGUGGCGGAGCGUUUAAUCUGAGGCGUGUUCCUGGCGGCUGGGUGAAUGAGCCUGAUCCCUCUGGCUCCCGGGGGACGCUCUGGACAUCGUGUUUUGUUUUGCAGAGCCUGUUUGCUUUUGCUGUCCUUGUACCGGUCGUUCCAGCGUGACGGCUACAGAAACCAGUGGUGGGGGUUUGUGCUUUUGAACUAAUGGUCUGAGCAUCGUAUUUCGAGAAAAAUGUACGUUCCUGUGCAUCCAUGGCCGUUAAGCAGUUAUCACAGCCGUGCAGUAGCGUCAGGCGAGCCGCGGGAGGCGCGCUCUGUCUCCCUGGCCGGGAUGGUCUCGGGGAGCCAGGCAAGGGCGGGCGGGAGAGAAGGCGACGGCGGAGAUCCCCGCUGGACGGGACCCGCUGCCUCCGCGGCGAGUGCCGCGUCCCGGCGAGCUGCCCGUGGGGAGGCCGGGCGGGCCGCGCUCGGCAGCGCUCGGUGCCUGCAGUGCCGGGAGGAGGCUGCGGGCGCCGCUGUUGACCGAGGAGGAGCGAGAGGAAGGCCGGAGCGCUGCCGGCAGCCCCGCCCGCUGCGGCCCGGCUCGCUCUCUCGCUGGCUGGCUGGCUCGGCGGCCGGGCGGUCUGCGAGCGUCCCCGCGGUGCGGAGCCGCGCUGCACCGAGGCGGAGGGGCCCGGAGCGGCGCCGUGCCCGUGCCCGUGUCGGUGUGAGGCGGCGGGGAUCUCCCGGCGGUGCCGCAGCAGGGAUGUGCGCGGCGGGGAGGCGCUGGCGCCGGCGGGAGCGAGCCCUGCUCUGGUGCGUCCUGCUGGCGGCGUGGGAGGCGGCGUGGGGGCAGCUGCGCUACUCGGUGCCCGAGGAGAUGCCGAAGGGCUCGUUCGUGGCCGACGUGGCCAAGGACCUGGCGCUGCAGCUGCCCGCGCUCCCCGACCGCGGCGUGCGCAUCAUAGACAGAGGCAGGGCGCAGUAUUUCGCCCUGCACGGGAAGACGGGACACUUGGUGACGGCGGAGAGGAUAGACAGAGAGCAGCUUUGCUGGCUGGUGGAGAAAUGCGUGCUGCGCUGUGAGGUGAUAGUGGACGGGGAAAUGAAGGUUUACGGCAUCGACGUGGAGAUCACGGACAUUAACGACAACGCGCCCAGCUUCCGAGAGGCAGAAAAAGAAUUGCGAAUUAGCGAGAUGACAGCGCCGGGGUCGCGGUUUCCCCUGGCCGAGGCUCACGACCCGGACGCGGGAGCGAAUUCGCUGCAGAGCUACGAGCUGAGCGGCGACGAGCACUUCUCGCUGGCCGUGCAGGCGGGCCCCGGCGGGGACCAGCGCCCCGAGCUGGUGCUGGCCAAGGCGCUGGACCGGGAGGAGGCGGCGUUCCACGAGCUGGUGCUGAGGGCGAGCGACGGCGGCGAGCCGGCACGGACGGGCACGGCGCGGAUCCGCGUGGCCGUGCUGGACGCGAACGACAACGCGCCCCAGUUCAGCCAGGCCGAGUACACGGUGCGUGUGCCGGAGGACGUGCCCGUGGGCUCCGUCCUCCUCACCGUCACGGCCGCCGACGCCGACGAGGGGCUGAAUGGGCACGUGAAAUACAGUUUUAAAAGAAUUUCAGACAGAGCGUCAGAACUUUUUUACCUAGACACUGAGACAGGGGAAAUAUCCGUUAAAGACCAUUUGGACUUCGAGGACACGUCCUCACAUCAAAUGGAGCUUCAGGCAUAUGACGGCGGAGGUCUCUCCGACACGGCCAAAGUCGCGAUCAGCGUGACAGACGUGAACGACAACGAACCCGAACUGACAGUAUCGUCGGCGCUGAGCGCGAUUUCCGAGGACGCGCCGUCGGGGACGGUGGUGGCCCUGCUGCACGUGCAGGACCGGGACUCGGGGGCGAACGGCGAGGUGCGGUGCAGCAUCGGCGAGGGGCUGCCGUUCCGGCUGGAGAAGUCCUUUGAGGGCUACUACCGCGUGGUGACGGCGAGGGAGCUGGACCGGGAGGAGGUGGCGGAGUACAACGUGACGGUGCGGGCGGCGGACGGCGGGUCGCCGUCGCUAUGGAGCGGCGCGGUGCUGGCGCUGCGGGUGCUGGACGUGAACGACAACGCGCCGGUGUUCGCGGAGGCGCGCUACAGCGCCCGGCUGCCCGAGAACAACGCGGCGGGCGCGCUGGUGCUGACGGUGCGGGCGGCGGACGCGGACUGGGGUCAGAACGCGCGCGUGCGGUACCGGCUGUCGGAGGGUCGGGUGCGCGGCGCGCCGCUCUCGUCCUACGUGUCGGUGCAGGCGGAGACGGGCGCGCUGUACGCGCUGCGCUCCUUCGACUACGAGGAGGUGCGCGAGGUGGGGCUGUGGGUGCGGGCGGAGGACGGCGGCGCGCCGGCGCUGAGCAGCAACGUGUCGGUGCGGCUCGUGAUCGUGGACGAGAACGACAACGCGCCGCAGGUGCUGUACCCGCCGGCGGCGCCGGGCGCGGGCUGGGCGGGCGUGGAGCUGGCGCCGCGCUCGGCGGAGCCCGGGGCGCUGGUGGCCAAGGUGGUGGCGGUGGACGCGGACGCGGGGCAGAACGCGUGGCUGUCGUACGAGCUGGCCAAGGCGACGGAGCCGGGGCUGUUCCGCGUGGGGCUGCACAGCGGCGAGGUGCGCACGGCGCGCUUCCCGCUGGCCCGCGACGCGGCGCGGCAGAGCCUGGUGGUGGUGGUGAAGGACCACGGGCGGCCGGCGCUGUCGGCCACGGCCACGCUGACCGUGGUGCUGGCCGAGAGCGUGGCCGAGCUGCUCUCGGAGCUGGGCAGCGCGGCGGCGGCGCCGGGCGAGCCGGCCGGCAGCCUGACGCGCUGGCUGGUGGUGGCCGUGGCGGCCGUGUCCUGCCUCUUCCUCGCCUUCCUGCUGCUGCUGCUGGCGCUGCGCCUGCGGCGCUGGCGCCGCUCGCAGCUGCUGGCGGCGGGCAGCGGCGCCGCGCGCGGCGUCCCGGCCUCGCACUUCGUGGGCAUCGACGGCGUCCGCGCCUUCCUGCACUCCUACUCGCACGAGGUGUCGCUCACCGCCGACUCGCGCAAGAGCCAGCUCCGCUUGUCGGCCGGCAGCUGCUGCGACACCCUCCCGGCCCGGCCGCCGCCCGACGAGCCCGCGCCGCUGCUCGGCGACGACCCCGCCGCGCCCCCGGUGAGUGCCUCUGCCCGCGCUUGGCUGCCUUUCCUUCCUGCCGCUCUGGAGUUUCUCGCUGCCCCUUGCCUUCCCUCUGCGCACGCAGGCAAGGCCGGCGCAGCUGCGGGCACAGGGCCUCGGUGCGCUCCUGCCUCUCGUUCCCGCGGGGCCCGUGCCUGGCUGGCUCAUCCGGCGCUCCGGCUGCGGUGGCAGGCAGGGGCGCUGAGGGCCCCUGGCGCUCUCUCGCGGGGCUGGCGGGGGGAGGAGGCGUAGGCACGACCGCAGCAGGACAGGCGCGGGGGUGCGUGGGGGUGCAUGGUCUGGAGGGAGCGCUCGGGACUCCUGCUUUGCUCGGUAUCCACCCCCAGGCUCUGGUGAGAGCCUUGCAGAGAAUACGCCUCCCUUCUUGGAAUGCUCCCAGGCGUGAUAAUGGCGCAUGUCACAGAGAAGUGGCCUGGGGGACUGGCCCUUUGGUGAGAGGUGCUGGCACAUUAGGAGGGUCCAAGAACACCACGCGACUUGUGAGGGGCUGUUGACGAGCAUCCUGGGAGCUGUCCUAGAGCGGCUGCAGAUGGGUAUAAGACACGUCGUUUAGCCAUAGGAAUGUUAUUCCAACUGCACUGCGAGCCCUGGGAGGUCCUUCCUGUGUGUUCGCCCAUUGUCACAGUGUUUUUAACAAAUGGCUUAAUUAUGUGCUUAUUGCAAGGGCCACAACGACAGCUUUGGGGGGAGCCAACUGAGUAUGAUUUACCUGCUAAAUACCUGAAUUAGUUCCUGAGCCUAAGUGCCUUGCUCGAGAAGAGAAUGCCAUGAUCCCUUCAGUUCAGCAGGGAUUAAUUUCUUGCCU